AUGAGUAGAAAAGGAGUUACAACCAAAAGAGUGAAGACUGUCCAGACGGCUCUAUCGAGAAUCAGCGCCCAACCGCGCAGUCCGGCUGGCCGAGAAACGCUUGUUUCACGCUCGGCCAAACCAUCCGUCCGUCUGAAGUCUCGGCCAAAGUUCAAACCGCCGGCCGACGCAAUCACGACCCGGGAACAUUGUCCCGCGGUCGGCCGAGCCACGACCACUCCACGCCAUGCCGCGCGACCUCACGUACCACCACGGCAAUGGCGCCGUCCGAGCCGGGAAGCCACGUCCCGCGUCCGGCCGAGAACAUCGGCCAAUCUUCAUCCGUCCGACCACAGCGGCCGACCGCGAAUCCAUCCGGCCACGACCGUUCCGAUCGAUCCGACCACGGCCACGACCCGAUCAUCCGGCCGAUCGUCCCGACCGACCGUCCGAACGCCGCGGUCGACCCGAAGCCCGUUUUGA